CCGAAGUGCUUUCAGUCUGACUGGAAAUCCUUCAACAAACGAGCAGCAACUGUCUCUGCAGAUGAUCUUGCUGCACUGAACAGUCUUGAGCAGCAGAGCUGUCAGCAAAGAAAGCAGGAGGAACCUAAGCAGGAGCAUUCUCGAAGAUCUCGUCACACCAGAGUUAACCCUUUCGUAAGCCUGCAGCUGAAUCCUCGGGGGGAGGAGAAGUGCAGAAAAAAGCUCAGAGAUCCUGGGCAUCUUACAUUUCACGUUAUGAUCCACCCAGCUUCACUCUUGCUGACAGCAGGAUUCCUGCAUCUUGCAUUUUCCAAUGGGGUUGACCAACUGUUCUGGGUCUACCGCAUGCAACCCCUGGCCAUCAUGGGGCCUGACAACUCUGGAGGAGACUGUCCAGCUGAAUGUGACUGCCCUCCAACCUUUCCUGUUGCCAUGUACUGCAACAACCGUGGGAUGAUACAGAUGCCAUACAUCCCCUCUCGCAUGAAAUAUAUCUAUCUUCAGCACAACCUUAUAACUACAGUCUCAGAUGAAGCCUUCAAAAAUGGCACCAACCUAGUUUGGGUCAUGUUGCAUGAAAACCAGAUUACCAAUAUAGGUAAAAGGGCUUUUGCGAGUCUGUUGAACCUAGACAGUCUGUACUUGAGUGGCAACAACCUGACUGAGGUGCCGUCAAACCUUCCGAACUCUUUGCGUGAUCUGCGCCUUAACCACAACAAAAUUGACAAGGUGUCACCUAAUGCCUUUGAAGGCAUGGAAAAUCUGACCACCUUGCUACUCAACCACAAUACCAUCAAGGACAUGGGAAGCACUCUAAAGAGCCUGAAGUCACUCACCUUGCUUGAUGUGAGCCAGAACCAGUUAAAGAAUGUUCCAGGUGGUCUGCCUGCCAUGCUUCACCAGCUAUAUUUGGGUUCAAACUCCAUUGAUGCCAUCCCAGGCAAUUUUUUUAGCCACUUCUCCAACAUGCAGUAUGUGCGCUUAUCUCACAAUGCCCUUACAAAUAAGGGUAUUCCACCAAACACUUUCAAUGUAAGUGGUCUGGUAGAGCUGGACCUCUCCUUUAACAAACUGGAGAGGAUCCCAACGGUUAGCACCAGCCUUGAACACCUCUAUCUACAAGCCAAUCAAAUCAAAGAGUUUUCCCUGAGCAGUUUCUGCAGUGUGGUUGAUGUACUGAACUUCUCCAAACUAAAAAUCCUGCGUCUGGAAGGUAAUGAGAUCACACAUAAGGAUGUUCCUUCUGACUCGGCUCUAUGCCUCCGCUUAGCAUCAGUCAUCGCCCUGUAACUGCUCCAACAGACCAUUAGAGGGCAGUCUUGGGCAUUUCUUUUUUGUUUGUGUUCUCUGUAACUAUUUCAUCAAUUAUUCAAAAAUGCUUACUGUUUGGAUUGCUUAUUCCAUGUUGAUUGUGAAACUUGUAAUGUUUAUGUGUAUCUCUCUGAUGUAACAAAGGAGAUUUUGGUAAUACAUGUGUAUGGUUGGUGCAUGUACUUUGCCCUGAUUUGUGUUUAUUCGUUUUAUUGUGCUUUACAUUACAGCUAAGAAUCAUGUGCACAGUUUUUUUUUACUUUUUGCACCACAUUCUUAUGUGUGUGUGUGUGUGUGUGUGUGUGUGUGUGUGUGUGUGUGUGUGUGUGUGUGUGUGUAGUCCUCUCUAUGUUGGUCUGGUCUGUAUGUUCUGAAGUAAGAUCAGAA